AUGUUCGGGACUACCGAGCCCUCGUCGCCCAAAGAUGCGAUGUUCGGAAUCUCCGAGCCCUUGCUCUCUCCAGAGUGCGACGAGGGCUCAGAAAUAUCUCUCGAAAGCUUAUAUCGAGGGUCCGAAGUGCCAUUUUCCGAGGGCUCAUCGAAAGCAUAUUUCCGAGCACUCGAAGUACCCCUUGAAAGACUGGUUGGGCCACCAUAUCUGUACACGGCUUCAAUCAUGAUCUAUAAACCAAAUCAAGGAGAACACUGUUUUGGACGCUUUUUUUUACCGUGUACAUCAACCCAACCGCACCGCCCCAUCCUUACCAUCAAAGGAACAUUUUUAGGUAUCAAAUAG